AUGGAGACGGAGUGUAUAGUCGCGCGGAUUCGCUCAAAGGGCUUGCACAACUUGGUCGGUCCAACCGGCGUGUUUGGAGCUCAAGUCAUGCCUUUAACCGGGACUCUUCUGCCGCCGGCUCAACCUACCACUGGACGCAGCUGCGGCUCUAUUUCACUUACUGGCACCGGCUUCGGCCCAUCCAUGAUGCUUGCUGGGUCAGGCAGUGGAGCUGGGCUGUCGGCGGCCGACGUCCAGUUCACAUUGGCCGUCUACGUGAAGGCCUAUCCCGGUCCGGUGCUCUCCAUUUGGGUCUAUCUGGCCGCGCUCUGGAGACGCUCGAUCCAGCACGUCUUCUGA